AUGUCUUUCAAUCAAUCGGGCAAGCCAUUGAGAAUAACGGUCAUCGGCGCCGGUAUGGCCGGUCUCUCGACAGCAAUAGCAAUCUCCGACAUAAAUCCCGACCACCAGAUCACAGUUCUAGAGUCAAACGCCUCUCUCAGUGAGCUCGGAGCCGGUCUGCAACUAUUUCCAAACAGUACUCGCCUCCUACACAAAUGGGGUCUUGGACCAGCCAUGGAGAAGGUUGCUUUUCAAUCCUCACAUAUCUCCGUCCGACGCUGGGAAGAUAACGCCGAGCUGUCCUUCAACAUGAACAAUCCUACAAGCACAUGGCUCUAUGGCUGGCCUCAAAUGCAGGUCUACCGACCCGACCUGCAACAAGCACUCUUCGAGCGGGUAAAGCAGCUUCCCAACGUAUCCGUCUUAUUCGGGAAAUCCGUUGCGUCUGUGGAUCAUGAGACCGGCACCGUUCACGGAACAAACGGCGAGAUAUUUGAGGGAGACUUUACAGUCGCAGCAGACGGCAUUUGGUCCCGGACCAGGCGAUGCUUGCCGGCGUCAAAAGAUGUGGCACCCACGCCGUAUCGGGAGCAUAAUUAUCGCGCUGUGAUUCCACGGUCAAGAAUGCUGUCCAACCCCAUCACUGCGCCGUUCAUGGCUUCCCCAGAGGCAAAGACGUGGGUAGGACCGAACGCGUUUGUGUUGGGGUACACGGUCGCCUCGAGCGAGCUGUACAAUCUCGUUAUCGGUGUUCCGCGACCGAGCGAAGGGGUGCCUGUCGGGUCGUGGAAUCACCCUGCCGAUAUUGGGACGAUGCGCGGGCUUGUAUCGGAAUGGUGCGAGGAAGUGCGGGCCUUGGCAUCCCUCGUUCAAGAUGGAGAGUGCGUUUCCUGGACCUUGGGUGAGGUCGCUCCUAUUCCCAGCUAUGUGAGUGCAUCUGGAAGAGUAGCGCUAGUCGGGGACGCGGCGCAUGCUCUUCUCCCGCAUGCUGCACAGGGGGCAGGAAUGGCGAUGGAGGAUGCGGCGAGUCUGGCGGAGUUUGUGGGAUAUCUGAGGUCUACGGACGAUCUGCCGAGAGUGAUGGGUGCGUGGAGUGAGUUUAGACAGGCUCGUGUAGAGCAUUUGCGCAGUAUCAGUCGUGGCACUGCCAUCGAUAUGACUCUUCCAGAUGGCGAAGCUCAGAUUUUGCGAGAUGCCAAAUGGAAAGCCAUUCGUGAUAAGCAGCGCGCACAGCUGGCCGAGCUUGGACUUGAGAAAGUCAAAGAGAAGGUAAUCAGGGAGAGACCGGUUCCUGACCCAGCUUGUAAAAGCACAUUUGAGCCCGGUGGUCGAAUGUGGGUACAGGGAUAUGAUGUAAACGAGGAGAGUCGGAAGUUCUGCCGCGAGCAUUUAGGACUUGAAUGA